UAGCCUUUAUCAUGACUUUGUGAUAAAAUGCCAUGUCGCAGGGCUGAGUUGUAUAGCCUGCCCUUGUUGUUGAUGUGCACUUGUUCACUGUGCGCUAAAUACCAGCGCGUCUUGUUUUGCGACAGAAACCAUCCUAUUUCGGAUGACACAGAUCAACACGGAGAGAGAGACGACAUGGAGAGAGAGCUGAGACUUCAAUAUUCUGCCUCACGAGUCAGAGCCAAUCUAGACUAAAUCAAAUAGGAGUGUUGCUUUUAAGAUUUAACGAUUUUAUUUCAGAUGUCUCCCAUUCCAUCAUUGCACUGGGGCAUGCGAAAGUGGGAUUAGGGGAUAGGCUAUAUUGCGCAUGGUGCUUUAUCAAAGGGGCUUUGAUAGGUCUAUCGGUUAUGACAGUCGGACUGCGCCUGCCUGGAAUACAGGUGUUCUUUGGUCAAAUAUGGACGCAGAGCACAUGAUGCACAGUGAGCAGAUUGUCAACACUCGCGACUUCAUCAUUUCAGUUAAAUGCACCCCCACCUCGGGAAAAUUGGUAUUCGGGGGAAGAUGAGGUUGUAGCCUUGACAACUACGGUUGUGGUCGCUUCUGUGAAGGGGGAUCUCAGCCGCUCUCCGUAGACUUUAGCAUUUUUCAUGGAUUAUUCAUCUCUGUGCGCCCUCAGUCGAAUGCAGUUCUGACCGUAGGAUGCUUGUUUAGCCUACUAUGGCUGUAGAGUAUUUGCUAAAUGCAUGGCGGUUUCGAAUUAACACCCGGUGAUUAUUACAUGCUGUUAUCUCAGUGAUCAUUCAUUCAGAAGAUUCCUCCUCAGUAUUAUUCGUAAUAUCUCUCGGAUACCCAGCCUACCAUUCAAUAAAGAUAAGGAAAACGGUGGCGGACCCAAGAACAGUGCAAGCUGCGAGGCUUUCUAAACACUCGCCCAGAAGGGAGCAGUUUAGUCGGGGAGAUCAUGUCACAUUGACGCGGCCGGGAGAUGCUCUGUGCUUGAUUAAAGCUCUGUGUGAACAGUUCGUAAAUAUAAAAACCUUUAGAGACUGAAUGAUGGUGCCUGGGGCUCCUACAACCAUGCUUCCCGCUUCCGAGGCUGCCAAAAUCUACCAGACCAACUACGUGAGGAACUCCCGCGCUAUCGGGGUUCUGUGGGCUAUCUUCACCAUCCUCUUCGCUAUAGUCAACGUGGUGUGCUUCAUCCAGCCCUACUGGAUCGGAGACGGGAUGGACACGCCGCAGGCCGGCUACUUCGGCCUCUUCCACUACUGCAUCGGAAACGGGCUGUCCCGGGACCUGACGUGCCAGGGCAGCUUCAUGGAGUUCAGCACCAUCCCCUCCGGCGCCUUCAAAGCCGCGUCCGUCUUCAUCGGGAUGUCCAUGGCGCUGGUCAUCGGAUGCAUCGGCUGCUUUACGCUCUUCUUCUUCUGCAGCACAGGCACGGUCUACAAGAUCUGCGGCUGGAUGCAGCUGGCUGCGGGUACGUGCCUGAUUCUGGGCUGUAUGAUCUACCCAGACGGCUGGGACAGUGAUGAGGUGAAGAGGAUGUGUGGGGAGCAGACAGACAAGUACACCCUGGGAGCGUGCUCCGUGCGCUGGGCCUACAUCCUGGCUAUCAUGGGCAUCAUGGACGCCCUUAUACUCUCCUUCCUGGCCUUCGUCCUGGGAAACCGUCAGGAUGGGCUGAUGGCUGAUGAGCUGCUGGAUAAGACGGGUAAUUCCAUAUAAACAGUCAAAUACUGUACAAAGGUGUCGGUGCCCAGCAGAGGUAAAGAUAAUGUAACACAACGUUCCAGCUUCAUACCUGUCACUCUGGAGGUGGAAAGGAGAGCUACUGCUGUUGGGAAGAACAGAACGAGAAAAAGACGAAUGAAUGAAAGGAGGAGAUACAUCCACUCCAAGAGAACCCACUUAGUAAAGACCAACCCCUACGGACCCUUUCUCAUCCAGGCAUGACCUUGAUAUUGGCAACAACAGAUGGAAGACUUCAUAUUGUUUUAUGAAAUCCGCUACUGAGUGGACACAGUAGGCCGAUAGCUUUAUGGGCGGCAGAUAGCGUAGCUGUUAGAGCAUUGGGUCAGUAACCGAAAGGUCGCUGGUUUGAAUACCUGAGCCGACAAGGUGAAAAAAAGUCUGCCGUUGUGCCCCCUGAGCAAGGCACUUAACCCUGAUUUGCUCCAGAGGCGCUGUACUACUAUGGCUGACCCUGUUAAAACAACACAUUUCACUGCACCUAUCCAGUGUAUGUGACAAUAAAACAUAUUACCAAGUCAUAAGAGGAAAGUUUUGUUUGUGAAAAAGAACAUGAGAUUCUGUCUCACCAUUCAAGGCCCUAGCAUAGAAAAACACUAAUUAACUCAGCGUUUCCCAAACUCGGUCCUGGGAACCCCAAGGGGUGCACGUUUUGGUAUUUGCCCCAGCAUUUGACCCAACUGAUUAAAAUAAUGAACUAAUCGUCAAGCUUUGAACAUUUUAAUCAGUUGCUUGAGGUCCCCAGGACCGAGUUUGGGAAACGGUGAACCAACACAUGACCGCUAGGCUACAGCAUUGGAUUGUUCAGACGUCUGAUCAAACAGAGUUGUCGUCUUUAUUGUGUCAAACUCACGUCUGGACCACAUGUACCUGAACUGUGGAUUCCUUCUUGACUUGUGUUCCACUCUUUGCUCUUCAUUGGACUCAUCAUUGUAAGACUGUUUACAGUGGGUGAGCCUGGGCCAUGAGAACUGUCUGGCUUGCUGAGCCACCUUACUGGACCUUACCUUAACCAUUUUAAAUCUAAUCUUCAACGGGGUGACAUCAGAGUUGGGUCGUCCCACGGAUCCCAUUUAGACUUGUCCGUACUGGAAGACAACAGCUGAACAGAGAGUGAUGCUCCACCACUGACACCACAUUAAAUGUGACUAAGUUGAAGGUAAAGAAGAAAUCUUGUAGCUGUAAUGAAUAACUGUUGUGAUAAAAUCAGAGAGGUAUAGAUCAGAGCCAUGUAGGAAUAGAGGUCGAGAGCAGGCUGCCAAUCAUAGUGUCCUCGGCAACCCUGGAGAAACCCAUGCUGAAGAACAAUGUAUUACGUAGAAGAAUAGGCCUAUUAACAAAUGGAAAUAGCUGUUCUAAGUGUUGGAAUAUUAUCUUGUCUCGACUAUGAUAUUUGCUAUUGAUUCACUUCAGAUGUGCCAUGCAAUGUAUACAGACAGUAUUCUAGAGUAUUGCCAUUUUACUAUGGGAAGAAGUGGUUCCAUAAAGUGUGGCUCAGUGUCUUGAAUUGUAUUAUCUUGGAAUAUAACCUUAUAGAAUCCAUCUGCAACUUUAUCACUAGUAGCAAUGUGUCGUUAACGGAAAGUCAUUCUUGCUCUCUAUCCAGCACAUUUGAUCAAUGAAUGAAAAUACAAUUUCUUGAAGGUCAAAAUGUGGAUGUUAUGGCCGUUUAAAGGGACAGAACUGUUUGAAAAGAUCAGUGGUCUCCAGAGCCCAUGUAAACUCAAGUCAUGUAGCUUACCACUGCCACACAACUUUAUAACUAGUAUGUCAGCAGUCUACUGCCAGCAGCAUAGCACCCUGCAUCCCACUGCUGGCUUGCCCUUGAACCAAAGCAUGGUUGUUCCUGGUUGGAAGACCAGAUGCUGCUGGAAGCAGUGUUGGAGGGUCAGCUGAUAGCUGGUGAGUGUAGUGCUUUAUAAAUCCACUCUCAUUAUGUCAUAAAUGUGCCUAGUGUUCUUAUAGGGCUUCUGGGCUGAAACAAGCUCAACUUAACAUGCGAACCACAGGAAGCUGCUGUGGGGACGGCUCAUAAUAAUGUACGGAACGGAGACAAUGGAAUGGCAUCAUACCACUCCACUGAUUCCACUCCAGUCAUUACCACGAGCCCGUCCUCCCCAAUUAAGGUGCCACCAACCUCCUGUGAUGUGAACUAUAUAAACAUGUGAACAUAUUAAUUCAGUCCAACCCCCACCUACCUUAUUAUACUGGCUAGUCCAACCCCCACCUACCUUAUUAUACUGGCUAGUCCAACCCCCACCUACCUUAUUAUACUGGCUAGUCCAACCCCCACCUACCUUAUUAUACUGGCUAGUCCAACCCCCACCUACCUUAUUAUACUGGCUAGUCCAACCCCCACCUACCUUAUUAUACUGGCUAGUCCAACCCCCACCUACCUUAUUAUACUGGCUAGUACAAACCCCACCUACCUUAUUAUACUGGCUAGUCCAACCCCCACCUACCUUAUUAUACUGGCUAGUCCAACCCCCACCUACCUUAUUAUACUGGCUAGUCCAACCCCCACCUACCUUAUUAUACUGGCUAGUGCAAACCCCACCUACCUUAUUAUACUGGCUAGUACAAACCCCACCUACCUUAUUAUACUGUCUAGUCCAACCCCCACCUACCUUAUUAUACUGGCUAGUCCAACCCCCACCUACCUUAUUAUACUGGCUAGUACAAACCCCACCUACCUUAUUAUACUGGCUAGUCCAACCCCCACCUACCUUAUUAUACUGGCUAGUCCAAACCCCACCUACCUUAUUAUACUGGCUAGUCCAACCCCCACUACCUUAUUAUACUGGCUAGUCCAACCCCCACUACCUUAUUAUACUGGCUAGUCCAACCCCCACCUACCUUAUUAUACUGGCUAGUCCAACCCCCACCUACCUUAUUAUACUGGCUAGUCCAACCCCCACUACCUUAUUAUACUGGCUAGUCCAACCCCCACUACCUUAUUAUACUGGCUAGUCCAACCCCCACCUACCUUAUUAUACUGGCUAGUCCAAACCCCACCUACCUUAUUAUACUGGCUAGUCCAACCCCCACCUACCUUAUUAUACUGGUUAGUCCAACCCCCACCUACCUUAUUAUACUGUCUGUCCAACCCCCACCUACCUUAUUAUACUGGCUAGUCCAACCCCCACUACCUUAUUAUACUGGCUAGUCCAAACCCCACCUACCUUAUUAUACUGGCUAGUCCAACCCCCACCUACCUUAUUAUACUGGCUAGUCCAAACCCCACCUACCUUAUUAUACUGUCUAGUCCAACCCCCACCUACCUUAUUAUACCGGCUAGUCCAACCCCCACCUACCUUAUUAUACCGGUUAGUCCAACCCCCACCUACCUUAUUAUACUGGCUAGUCCAACCCCCACCUACCUUAUUAUACUGGCUAGUCCAACCCCCACCUACCUUAUUAUACUGGUUAGUCCAACCCCCACCUACCUUAUUAUACCGGCUAGUCCAACCCCCACCUACCUUAUUAUACCGGCUAGUCCAACCCCCACCUACCUUAUUAUACUGGUUAGUCCAACCCCCACCUACCUUAUUAUACUGGCUAGUCCAACCCCCACCUACCUUAUUAUACUGGCUAGUCCAACCCCCACCUACCUUAUUAUACUGGUUAGUCCAACCCCCACCUACCUUAUUAUACCGGCUAGUCCAACCCCCACCUACCUUAUUAUACUGGCUAGUCCAACCCCCACCUACCUUAUUAUACUGUCUAGUCCAACCCCCACCUACCUUAUUAUACUGGUUAGUCCAACCCCCACCUACCUUAUUAUACCGGUUAGUCCAACCCCCACCUACCUUAUUAUACCGGCUAGUCCAACCCCCACCUACCUUAUUAUACCGGUUAGUCCAACCCCCACCUACCUUAUUAUACUGGCUAGUGCAAACCCCACUACCUUAUUAUACUGGCUAGUCCAACCCCCACUACCUUAUUAUACCGGCUAGUCCAACCCCCACCUACCUUAUUAUACCGGCUAGUCCAACCCCCACCUACCUUAUUAUACCGGCUAGUCCAACCCCCACCUACCUUAUUAUACCGGCUAGUCCAACCCCCACCUACCUUAUUAUACUGGCUAGUCCAACCCCCACCUACCUUAUUAUACUGGCUAGUCCAACCCCCACCUACCUUAUUAUACUGGCUAGUCCAACCCCCACCUACCUUAUUAUACUGGCUAGUCCAACCCCCACCUACCUUAUUAUACUGGCUAGUCCAACCCCCACUACCUUAUUAUACUGGCUAGUCCAACCCCCACCUACCUUAUUAUACUGGCUAGUCCAACCCCCACCUACCUUAUUAUACCGGCUAGUCCAACCCCCACCUACCUUAUUAUACUGGCUAGUCCAACCCCCACCUACCUUAUUAUACCGGCUAGUCCAACCCCCACCUACCUUAUUAAACUGGCUAGUCCAACCCCCACCUACCUUAUUAUACUGGCUAGUCCAACCCCCACCUACCUUAUUAUACUGGCUAGUCCAACCCCCACCUACCUUAUUAUACUGGCUAGUCCAACCCCCACCUACCUUAUUAUACUGGCUAGUCCAACCCCCACUACCUUAUUAUACUGGCUAGUCCAACCCCCACCUACCUUAUUAUACUGGCUAGUCCAAACCCCACCUACCUUAUUAUACUGGCUAGUCCAACCCCCACCUACCUUAUUAUACUGGCUAGUCCAACCCCCACCUACCUUAUUAUACUGGCUAGUCCAACCCCCACCUACCUUAUUAUACUGGCUAGUCCAACCCCCACCUACCUUAUUAUACUGGCUAGUCCAACCCCCACUACCUUAUUAUACUGGCUAGUCCAACCCCCACCUACCUUAUUAUACUGGCUAGUCCAACCCCCACUACCUUAUUAUACUGGCUGUCUGGUCAGCAAGCAGUGAUAUGUUCCAGGUGGUUUCCAAGUGUAGCUGGAGGAGUUGACUGCAUGAAAAAGGGUAUUUACGGGUUAACACUGGAGUGCACAGUCCAAAAAUUUCUGCACACAUCCCGUAUCCGAUAACAGACCACUUGUGUGUGGACAUUUACAGACAUGUAUAUGUAAUCAGAGAUGUAUGGGACAAUGUUAGACCUGUAAAUGUGCCUUUUCAUGCAGUGUGUAUAAAAGUCUGGGAUAAACGAACAGAAGAGGUGAGGAACCAGGGAAAGGGGUUUGUCCCAACCAUUCCCAUGUACAUAAAUACAUGUAAAUAUUACCCUAAGAAUACAAAACACUUUAGAGGGUCAAAACAGGGGGGAAGUAAAUAAACUUUAAAACAUU